AUGAGACGACCGGCGCUGGCCAAUGGCCACAUGCGCUCAGCCAGUUGCCCACCGGCAAUCAGCAAUGAAGUUGGCACCUUGAGCCAAUUUCAAACCAGCCAGCCUGAACCGCCCUCCAGUUCAGGCGAGUCAGCGACCAGCUUGGCAGACUCGGCAACCGCACCGGAUGAGUCGUCCUCUAAUCUAGAGGAGCUUGAGGAGGGCGAGAUCCCCUCCACUACCAAUCUCGCUGAGUCGCCCUCUAAUCUAGAGGAGCUUGAGGGCGAGAUCCCUUCCACUACCAAUCUCGCUCCCGUACCGGAUGAGUCGCCCUCUAAUCUAGAGGAGCUUGAGGAGGGCGAGAUCCCCUCCACUACCAAUCUCGCUGAGUCGCCCUCUAAUCUAGAGGAGCUUGAGGGCGAGAUCCCUUCCACUACCAAUCUCGCUCCCGUACCGGAUGAGUCGCCCUCUAAUCUAGAGGAGCUUGAGGAGGGCGAGAUCCCUUCUACCCCACCACCAACUACCAAUCUCGCUCCCCCUCCGCCAAGUCCCCGGCCUUCAAUAGCCCCACGACCCCGGAAUUCACGCGCCCGAGUCUCAGUCGCCCCCUCACCUGAGCCAAUCCUGGGACACUCCCAACACACGCCUGUACAGCCCAAUGGUGGACUGGAUAGCAAACGGAAACGUGCCUCAACCGAUGAGGGACUUGCCGACCAGCCUCAGUCCAACAACAAGAAAAGAAAUAAGCGGGACUAUCGCGUGGAUAGGACAAACUUUAAAUACUCUGGGGAGUUAGGGCACGACUUCUUUGGGUUCAUUUGCUUUGUCAAUGACCAUAGGGCUUGGGAUAUUGCGGAUGGUAUUCUUCAGCUACCUAUUCCACAAAGCGUAUCAAAGCGGCUAGUAUACUUUUGCGAUGCUUCUAUCCGCUGUCUGUGUGGUGCGGCCGGAAUUGUCUGGCCACGCAGCCUUGCCUUCAAUGAAUGGGAGGGGAAGGGGGUAUUCUACCCCCUGAGCACUCACGAUAGCGGCACUGUCGAGCUUUUCGCAAUCGCAUGCACGCUUGAACUGGCAAUCAGCCAGAUAGAUGGAGAAAGGACAACUGCGGAGGAAAGGCUCCGUGGAGACAACGACGUCCUUCAGCGGAAUUUGUCGCUCACCAAAUCCCAUCUCCAUGGGAUGACUAAGGAGGUCUUCGUCUUCACAGACGAUAUCAAUGCUCUUAGACGCAUUGGCGGGUCCGUGGCUUAUGACCCAAAGGGAGAUAUGGCCAGCCACUUGGAGGCCAUCGCACGCCACUCGGGGACACUCAGUAAGCUCGGCGUACACGUUGAGCUUCACCUGAGUCCUGGGCAUUCCAAUGUGCCUGGUAAUGAGGCUGCCGACAAAAUGGCCAAAAAGGCCCAGAAUGAGCUGUUUGUCCAAACAGCAAUCUCUUGGCCGGCUAUGGAGUGGUCGGACCAAGGACAAGCCCCUCUCGACCUCCCCUCUCCCCUCUAA